UGGGGGGCUGCGUGGUGGUGGCGUGAAAGGCAAGAAGAAAGGGCACAGCGAAGGUCUCUGCAUGCUGCGGGCUGGGGCCAGGAGGGGAGAGGUGCGCAGCGCCGCGUCCCGCCCCGACCCCAGAGCGCCCGCCCGGGAGCCGCGUGCGCACGGCCCCCGGAGCGCCACGUCCCUUCCCCGCGCGGUCCCGGCCAGGCGACCUGUCGCCGCGAAGGACGUGACUCGCAGCUGCCUCGGCUUUCUCCCAGCCAUAUUCCUUUAAGAUGAUGUAAUAGUCAUUUCCCUGGAUGGUUUCUUGCCUGCACUGCUGAAACAACAGCAUCCUAACUGCACCGGGAACUGCACGGUGGAACCACCCAGCUCCGCUGCCGCCGGAGAAGCAGAAGCGGAGAGACCCCGCGGGUGUCCCCGCGCCGCGGUGGCCGGCGGCCCCCGGCAAUCACCGGCCGGGAUCAUGGGAAUCUCUUCGCCCUUGCCGGCAGGUGGGGUGGCUACCUGGGACCUCAGCGGGGCAUCUUUCCGUGUCUGGGCUCUCUGAAAAGCUUCUAAGUCCCAGGACCUCUCGCAAACUCUCUUCUGCUGGAAGGAUUCUCUCUAAGCGUUUGCGUUUGGCAAAACGUCUUGUCCUCCGGAGAAGCUCUUUGGCUGAAUAUUUUUCUCUGCUUCGCUUCUUCAAAUCAACCACCUCUCCUCACGGAUUAACUUUUUUCGGUGACUUGUUUUAACUUGAAUUUGGGAGUGAAUAGCUACAUGCUCAGCCUUGGCAACAUACAUUUCUAUCCAUAUUUAUAUCUAGGAUAUACGGUUCUUAUUUUCAAAGAGCACAUCUCUCUAGCACUUUUCAUUGAUACCUCUGUCCUUCACCUCUUUGGGGAUUUGACAAGCUCCAGGCUCAGUUGACUGUGGAUUCUGGCUGCUUUGCAAAUGGGUAUUUCUUCCCAACAGCUGGGGUUCCAGCACUCGCCAAGUCAGAGCUGAGGAACCAGGGACUUGGCCUUCUUCGAAUCCUGAUCUUGGGGGAAGACGGAGAGUUGAUUGUAUUCUGUGAAGUUCUUGCUCGCCGCCAGCCAGGGUUUAAGCUUCAUCUACAGCUUCGCUUCACCUGUGGACUCUUCUAAUAAUUGGGCUCAUAGGGGGACACGAAAAUCUGGGCUAAGAGGAGGAUGUUAAGACCUAGUUAGCCUCCUUCUCCCUCCCUUCCAUGUGGAUAAAAAGGCUAAAGCUGUGACUCCAUUGGAUUGUAUCUUCCAUCCAAAUAGGUGAAGAAGACAAGAACAAUGGCUCUGAGUGGAAACUGUAGUCGGUACUAUCCCCGGGAUCCAGGCUCCACCAUCCCCAACUCCUUCCCUGAGGUGGUGGAGCUGAAUGUCGGGGGUCAAGUUUAUUUCACUCGUCAUUCCACAUUGAUAAGCAUCCCUCAUUCUCUCCUGUGGAAAAUGUUUUCCCCCAAGAGAGACACCGCGAAUGAUCUAGCCAAGGACUCCAAGGGAAGGUUUUUCAUUGACAGAGAUGGAUUCUUGUUCCGUUAUAUUCUAGACUAUCUCAGGGAUAGGCAGGUGGUCCUGCCUGAUCACUUUCCAGAAAGAGGAAGGCUGAAAAGGGAAGCUGAGUACUUCCAGCUGCCUGACUUGGUCAAACUCCUGACCCCUGAAGAAGUGAAGCAAAGCCCCGAUGAAUUCUGCCAUAGUGACUUUGAAGAUGCUUCCCAAGGCAGUGACACGAGAAUCUGCCCCCCUUCCUCCUUGCUCCCUGCCGAUCGCAAAUGGGGGUUCAUUACUGUGGGCUACAGAGGCUCCUGUACCAUGGGCAGAGAGGGGCAGGCAGAUGCCAAAUUUCGAAGAGUUCCCCGGAUUUUGGUUUGUGGAAGGAUUUCCUUGGCCAAGGAAGUCUUUGGAGAAACUUUGAAUGAGAGCAGAGACCCUGACCGAGCCCCAGAAAGAUACACCUCCAGAUUUUAUCUCAAAUUCAAGCAUCUGGAAAGGGCUUUUGAUAUGUUGUCAGAGUGUGGAUUCCACAUGGUGGCCUGUAAUUCCUCAGUGACAGCAUCUUUCAUUAACCAAUAUACAGAUGACAAGAUCUGGUCAAGCUACACUGAAUAUGUCUUCUACCGUGAGCCUUCUAGGUGGUCAUCUUCUCACUGUGAUUGCUGCUGCAAGAACGGCAAGGGGGACAAAGAGGGAGAGAGUGGCACUUCUUGCAACGACCUCUCCACUUCUAGCUGUGACAGCCAAUCGGAAGCCAGCUCUCCCCAGGAGACAGUCAUCUGUGGGCCCGUGACACGCCAGACCAACAUCCAGACUCUCGACCGUCCCAUGAAGAAGGGCCCUGUGCAGCUGAUCCAGCAGUCAGAAAUGCGGCGGAAAAGCGAUCUGCUUCGAACUCUGACUUCCGGCUCCAGGGAGUCGAACGUGAGCAGCAAAAAAAAAGCUGUUAAAGAAAAGCUCUCCAUUGAGGAAGAGCUGGAGAAAUGCAUCCAGGAUUUCCUCAAGAUCAAAAUCCCAGAUCGUUUCCCUGAGAGAAAACACCCUUGGCAGUCUGAACUUUUACGGAAGUAUCAUCUAUAGGGGAGGGUUGGGGUGGGGUGGGAGAAGAGAUAAAGUGUGUCAUCAUGUUGAA